CGAAGCCCAAUCAAGAAGGGACGUUUAGUUUACUUGGGAAACAUUAUGUGGUGUAAUAUCGACCCUGAUGCGUCGGGAAACGGCGAGGCUCACUGGCGGGUCGGUAUAUAAGGAUGCUGGAAGGGAGGGGUGUGGAGCGCUUCAGGAUACCACGCAGCAGCCAUUCUUCCACUUCGUCGAGUCAGUUUGGGAUAGUUUGUAGCCAUGAAGUCUUUCGCAGCCGCCGCUCUCCUCGUCGCGACUCUCGCUGAGGUCGCCCAGGGCCACUAUAUCUUCCAGUUCCUCACCGCCAACGGCCAGAAAGGCGCAAAGUACCAGAACGUCCGCACAAACUCGAACUACAACUCGCCCGUUACAGCCCUGAACUCCAACGACCUCCGCUGCAACGUCGGCGCCUCAAGUGGCGGCGGCAACACCACGACUGUUGCUGUUGCGGCUGGCUCGACCGUCCAAUUCACCUCCGAUGUCGCCGUGUACCAUCAGGGCCCCAUCUCUUUCUACAUGACCAAGGUUACGGACGCAGUGGCUGCCGAUGGAUCAACGGACUGGUUCAAGAUCAAGGAGAUCGGUCCCUCCUUCUCUGGCGGCCAGGCUAAGUGGGACAUGAGCCAAACUUACUCCGUCGCCCUCCCCUCCUGCAUCGCCGCGGGUGACUACCUCCUCCGCAUCGAGCAGCUCGGCAUCCACAACCCAGGCGGCACUCCCCAAUUCUACAUUGCCUGCGCGCAGCUCAAGGUCACCGGCGGCGGCAGCAAGGCCAUGUCGCCGACGACCAAGAUCCCCGGACACGUGAAGGCGACGGAUUCCGGGUACACGGCGAACAUUUAUGACCCGAGCUUCAAGAGUUAUGUGGUGCCCGGGCCGAAGGUGGCGACGUGCUAAAUGGAGGGCGGGUUGGAGAGCGGGCAAGUGAUCGGCUGUGUUUUACAUUGCAUGCAUGAUGGGUUUUUUGAGAUGCUUGAAGUUCUUCGAGAGGAUAGCGUGGCAUCCAUAAUGCAUUGAAAGUAUCUUCAGUUUCAGCUCCGUCAUUGCACUCGUCCUUGGAUACCGAAGCGGUGUUUGCUCACGCAGAUGAUUGAAUUUAGAGUUUUAGGAAAGUUGUAGAGAAAAGAAGCACACGCCAUCACUA